AUGCCCAGGGCAGGUGGUGACAAUGUUGACAACGUGGGCAGAGCCCCUGUCCCGGGGCCGCACAGGCAGACGGUUCUGUUCCUCACAGAGAUACCUGUGACCCUGACGCAUCGGGACAUCCUGGCAGUCAGAGAAUGCUUUGCUUCCCAGGACUGGGAAGACCCAGGGGGCACUGGAGAAACAGCCCAGGAGAGGCCUGGAGGGAGAGCAAGACGCCCCCACCUCGGCCUGGGGUUCUCUCCUGGGACGGCCACCACGGCACAGCGAGGGACACAGGCGGGACGAGGGCCAGCUCUUGAAACACCCUGCAUCCUGCUUUCUGUGCUGACCACGGAGGUCACCCAGCAUUUGUGUACAAAUGGAACCCUGUUAUCCAUCAGUACCGGCUUCCCUGGUGUGGACUCAGCUCUCACGGACCUGCGACGUCCUACCCGCCUGCUUCCGGGGGUCCUGGGAAGACCGUCUCCGUGCACAGCCACUCAUUAUGACUUAUCCAUGUACUUUACCAUCUAUUCCAAUUAUCUGGACGAGACACACCACCCCAGCCCUUCCCAGCCGUGCUUCUCUUGGGCCUGCAGGCUCAUCCUUGCAACGAAGCUACACCUGGCACCUCCGGGGACCACUGAGGCUUCCCUUCCCGGCUAAACCUCCCUGACACCCAGGGGAGCAGCUUCUUGUUCUUUUGUGGACUCUUCUGUCUAUGACACGACCUCCCGGUGCAUUUCAAAUCCCCGUCACACACCCACCACCCUCCAGGCCCUGAGAUCGGGAUAGGACAGGUUUAUUCCCCUACACCCCAGGACAUGCCACCUCGUGACAUCAGUAGAAUGAAUGAAUAAAUGAAUGGCAUG